AUGGAUACUACCUCCUCUGGCUCGACUAGCAGUCUUUCCUCGUCUGGGGUGCCUGAGAGGUCAGGAGAACUACCAAGGGAACUGGAGGGGUACGCCCUGGGCCUGAAGGCUGCACUGGAAGCGGCUCGUCGAGAGGUCGAGGAUGCAUUGGAGGAGUCAGCGUUGUUGGACUGGCCACAAAUAGACGCUGAUUAUGAGGCUUUGUGUCGGGCCUUGGCAUGUGUGGAUAUUAUUGGCAUUUGUUUUAUAUCCUCUAGAGCUCACGACUUGCUCAUGGGAGAGGACACGGAUGAGUCGGAAGAGGAGUUUUGGAAGUGCGUGCAGUUCCUGGCUUGUAUGGAUAUGUCAAAGCACGUGGCUCUGCUAUUAACACAAUGGCUGCAAGUGAAGAGUGAAGACUAUGAGGCUGAUAAAGGACUGUAUGAGGACGUGAGGCUUCUGGCCACCUUCUAUGCUGAUAUACCCUCUAUGAACGAUAUCACCACGCACAGCCGGACCGCUGCAGAGUUUGAGAAGAGGGUAGAUAAUAGAAUGAAUCUGGCUUACUCUGGUUGGAGUAAGAUAUGCAGUAUGGGUGAACAGCAUGAACAAACGGCGUUUAUAUGGAGGCUCAACGCUGGCAGUGAGGAGGAUGUGGAGUUCCUCACCAAGAGUAUGUGCGAGCUAACCUCGCCCGAGGCAGGGCCAGUGGAGUCGGAAACUGCAUGGUACUUGAAAGUGAUACUAGAGUACUUCUGGUUCUACCCAAAUCUUAAUGUCACCGGAGGCGGCGUGAGCACGAUCGUUGAAUCUGCAGCAAAAUUGUUGUCAAAUGAGAAGAAUGCUGCGGUUACGCCGAUGGACGUGGUUGUGCAUGCGUGCUUAACGGGAGAUGUCAACGAGUUGUUGAGCACGCUGUCAGCGGAUUGCAAGGAAUUUGGUGACUCUAUGGUGGUGUGCCACAUCGUGGAUUUACUCUAUUAUUCGAGUAGUCUGUCGGAGGCUCUUCCAGCAGAGAGUGAUGUAGAACGAUACCGAGACGGGCACCUGAGUGACUAUGUGGCGUUCCUUACUUCCCCCGCCCUACCAAAGGCGCUGGGGUAUCGUCUGGCUGAAGACUAUACGGCGGCUUUACAUGAUGAGAAACUUUCACGGAGGAAGUUGUCGAAGAUACUACUUGAAACUGCAAAGGAGAUGUGUCCGACUGAGAACGACCUUAUGGCGGCUAUCAAGAGGAGUUUGGACUAUCGUCUUCCCAGUGUGGCACUUGAAAUGUGCAUGGAACGGUUUGAAGCUCUGAGUGAUACGGACGUGUUGUCGGCUAUACGGUGGCUGGAGAGGUCACAAGAUGUCUCUGCAUCUGGGAAGCCGCUUAUUUCUGACUAUCUUGAUGGUAUGUCUAUGGAGGAAGGUGGAGUUGGGCGCCUGGUAGAAGUAUUCAGAGCAGCUAAUAGGCUCAACGGUGGAGAGGCAGUGCUGGGUAGGGGGAGGCUGGGCUUCUAUUCAAAGCUGGCUGCGGUGAGGGAACGACCGGAGGGACGGAGGAUAGCUGAGCUGAUAGUGAGCGAUGACUGUCCUCCAGAGGCAGUGUCGGUGUUGCUGAAGGAAUUGGUGAAGUUGGAAAGGUGUGGUAUGAAUAGUGAAGAAGCUUUGGGGGUGUUGGAGAGGGUUGAGGAUAGUGAGCUAGAGGAGGAGGAAGCUGAUCUGGUGGAGUCGAUGCUUGUCGAAUCCUUCCUCAACUCCACUGCAGUCAGCUCUCCCCAUCCAGCCUCCGUUGUUGGCGAGCACACCGAUCAGUGGGUCUUCGUGUGAAGAGAUGACGAU